AUGUCUCGCAACACUCUCGUCACUGGUGCUGCUCGAGGUAUGGGAUGUGCGAUUGCCCUUCGUCUUGCUAGAGAUGGUCUCAAUGCUGCUGUGAAUGAUAUCAAAGCAAGUUCUUCAGGUCUCAACAAGAUUCAACAAGAAAUCAAAAAAAUAGGUCGAAAAUCUGUCGCUAUAACGGCUGAUGUUUCUGUUGAUAAAGCGGUCGAAACAAUGAUGCAGAGCGCUGCAAAAGAACUGGGCAGUUUAGAUGUAGGCACCUCUUCUUAUCGAUUCUCUCAUCUUUUUUCUAGCUAA